ACGAUGUUUUACAAAUUACGUUCUACGGUCUUAUUAUUAUUCGUAUUGGAAUAAUAUAUAUAUUUAAUGAUCUGUCUCUUAGAUAGGGGCAUCCCGCGAACAGUGCUGCAGUAUAGAUCAGAGCAUAAGAUUACUCAGUGGAGAUUCUGAUCCCCGAACAAAGGCCUUCCUAAGACAGCUUUUUGGGCCUAACAUCUUUGGAUUCGUACUGGAUAGAUAGACAGAAGGGCAGGGAAGCUUCAAAAGCGCGAGAUCUUCAAAUCGAUCUGGCAACCCUUUACCACAUAUGGAUUACAAAAUGGCAGUGGUAAGUAACGACCUAGAGGCGGUGGAGGAAGAUAUUCGCGUGCAGAAGGGCAGGAAAUGUUUUUAUUUGCGGAAGAUGAUUGUAGACUUUAUUGGCACCUCCGUUCGCGUCAUGGCCACCGUGUUCCUAGCUGAUCUCCUCCUGCGCAUAUACCGGUGUGUCGUCGAAUAUAUAUGCAAUUGGCGGUACUAUCUGCCCGAGGAUCGGUUGUGGGUAAUCCUGCGGCGAUCGUGUACAUACAACAGCAAAUCGAUCUACCUGCUGGUGGGAUUCCUUCUCGUGGCAUUUUUUCGAAUUUCGAUUACCGGGAAUUACAGGGAUGUAAUGCCCACGGUGCUGUUUCUGGCCUACAUGCCGCUCUACUGGAUCUGGAGCUUUAGCGACAUAGGUCAGAGCACCCUGAGCUACUCCCACUGGAUAAGGGACUCCCAUGGACUGGACUAUGCAGCCGGAAUGGCCUCCAACUACUUUCACGGCUACCUCAAACUGUCUCUACCCGAGCGCAAGGACGAUGGACUCAAACAUCGAAUGGCCGUGUACGAGGACGCGAAUAAUAUUACCUUCGGCAUAAACCGCCUGAUUAUACUUAUUCCCGACGAAAUGUUUAUCAACGGAGUUCUCGAAAGCAAACUACUUGACAAAGCUGAGCCCCUGGAGACCCAGUUCAUUAACCGAGCCGGUGUCUAUCGUCCUUUCAAGCACGCUGUCUACAGAAUGAACAAAAAGGUCAAUGGCAGGACCUACUACUUUGCUAUCGAAGGUGCUACGCCCAUGCUAUCCUUCUUCGAUUCUAUGCAUUCUAAUUUGUCGGCCACCUGGCAGAUGCAUGAACUGAAGCGGGAGAUCUGGCUGAAAUUCUACAAGCACCUAAAGGAACUCAUUACUACGUGGCCGGAAACCCGAGACCUGGUGGAGCCCAUCAUCUACAGUUCCCAUGAUACCAAGGGGAACCUUGUGGAUAUUGGCGAAAUUCUUCUAGCUCAUAUGCAAAACAAAACCAAAUCAAUUGACGAAAUUGCCAAUUAGGAAUUAAAAUGUGUUACGUUUAUUUUACUUUUUUAACGAAAUAUAAUCGCAAAGUUGUACUGCUCUUAAAAUUUGAAUCGACGAUAAAGACAUUAGGAAAGCUUUAA